GUGCGUGGGAGCUGCGCGCCGCGGGGCUCCUCGCGCUCCCGCUCGCGGCCGGGGCGUCGGGCGCGCUCCGCGGCCACACCUCCGUGCCGAUCGUCGGCGCUCCGGUCGCCAUCGGCGUCCUGCUCUUCCUGGCUCACCACGUGCUCCUGUCCGCCAAGUUUGUCUCCGAGGCCGUCUCCGAGGGCAGGGUCGUACGCACCGCCCUGCCCUCGGCCGCCGGCGGCUCCGAGGUCUUCGUGGACGCCGCCUGCAGCCAGCUGCGCUCGCUGCCAGCGCCACCGCCUCAGCCAGGCUGCUCCCUGCUCUUCGGCGACUGGCCCUCCUCGCCGGCGUGGUGCAUCGCCCCGACGGUGGCGGACAUCCACGAGGUGCGCCAGGCGCCCCGCCGCGGCGACGAGGAGGCGGGCGGCGGGCUCGCGGCCCAGUGGGCCUCGCGCAGCCCGUGGAGCAGCGCGGAGGACUCCGAGGCCCUCCGCGCCGAGCUCGACGAGGACGAGCUGCAGGGGAAGCCGCUGCUCCUCCGCGCCCCGGAGGCCUCCUCCGGCGAGGGCGCGGCGCUGCUGCAGGACGAGGCCCCGGGCGGCGGCGCAGGCGAGCGGGGCGGCGCCGGCUCCUCGGGCCUCGCCGCGGCGCGCUCGCUGCCGAGCGCGGUGUCGAGGAACCACCCCGUGGUCGUCGGGGUGCGGGUCGCCCACGAGGUGAAGGCCCAGGACCUGGUCGCCGGCGUAGCGUGCAACGCCUGGCUGGACUGCGCCGUGCCCGCGGGGGCCCUGCGGCGCAUCCAGGACGCUGGCUGCGACGUCACGCUGCAGGUGCACCCCUGCCAGCUCUGCGGGCCUUGCAGCGGCGGCCGCUUCGCGGCCUGCUUCGACUGGGGAACGCGGUGGCCCUGGCAGUGGUCCGCCGAGGUGGCGCUGAGAGUGGCCCUGGGAGUCUGGGUCUCGGCCCCGCUCGCCGGCGCCUCCUUCCUCGGCGUGCUGGGGCACCUUGCCAUGCUGGCACUCGUCGCUUGGGCGGCGUAUGCCACGCUGAAGGUCCGGCCCUACGAGCACAGGAACGACAACGUGGCCGUGGCCGCGGCGUGCUCCGCCGCGGUGCUGAUCGUGCUCCUCCGCGCCCUGUGCAGCAGCAUGCCGGCCACCAGCUGGCUCCUCUCCGUCGCGGCGCCAUGGCGAUGCUGGUGCCCUGCGGCGUCGCGCUGCUGGCGGCGCUGGGGCUGGCCAGCGCGGCCCUCGGCAGACUGGAGGCCACCAGCCUGCACGACCGCCUGCUGCCCCGCACCGUGGUGGGGUGGGGCGCCGCUCCGGGCUCCCCGCCGCCGGCGCCCAGGAGCUUCAGCGGCGACGGCAUCGGCGGCUGCGGCCUCGAGCGCAGCCUCUCGGACGCGGCCCUGGAGCGCCACGCCGUGGAGGUGA